GCUAGGGGUCACCGUGCUGACCGUGCUAGGGGUUGACACAUAUAAUAUGUUCAAAAUAAAUAAUGGUACCAUAAAACAAUCUCAAUGAAAAACUACUCACCUUGAUCAUUAUAAAGAAGAAGAAAAAUUGUUUCUGUUUCUUAAUCCGAUGUCUGGGCCGAAGGGCCGAGGUGCGACCAUGGGUGCGAGAUGCUGCGAGUUGUGACGCUUAUGAAUUGCCAUCGACACUGUAAAAUCUCGGUAAACUUGCUGACUAUGUCCUUCAUAAAAUUAGUAAGAAGUCCUCGCCAAAUCAUGAAACCUUACCGGUAGUUUAUCAUGCACACCUUCACUAAGACCACGCAUUAACGCAUCGCGGACAAUGAGCACGGAGGCCGGGCAGCCCAUUCCGGGCCGCAGGGCCCUCAUGCCCGGCUGGAUGAAGAGCCACAUGGAUCGGCUGAACACUGUGGCCAACCUGGACGACAUGUGUAGCUCCCCACCCGAGACGGAGUCUGGCUUUCUGCGAGACAUGCCGCUGUCCCGCCUGACAGUCCAGCAGGCACCCCAGGCUCCCACCGCACCUCCUGCCAUCCGGGUGAGUGGUGUCAGGUGCGAGCCUCCCAGGGGUCCGGUGGUGGAGGACUCUCUGCGGCACCACGUUUUGAGCCAGUACCACAGCCUGCAGAGCGGUGGCCGCGACACUGGCUCGGGCAGCGAGUCGGCGCACACGACACCGUCGGCCACGCCACAGAGCUCGCCUUCGCUGGUGCGCCGUGUGGUGGCGGCCGAUAUCAAGGCUGUCGGGGCCCCAGGAGAGAAGAAGAAAGCACGCUAUGCUGUCUCCAACUUUGACCUGAAUGCCGUCAGCCCCACCUCGUGGUAACAAGGGUGGGGUUGCAGCACUCUGCCACCGUGGUUCUUGCUAAAGGCGCCUGUAUGAAUCGGGGGUGCCUUGCUUGCCUGCUGUGCCCCAGAGGAUGUGGCGAAUCUUGGUCCAUCUGGCGGGGGUCGGUUGGUCAUGUACCCCGACCCCUUCUCCCCUCUUGCUCUAGCUUGUCUCUUUGUUUUGCAACUUGUUUUUCACGUUCUAGGCCUCCACUUUUGUUCCUGGUUUAGUUUUAGGCACCUCUAUCUUGUGCAACUUCUGGCCUACGCUGAAACUGCUUAUUGCUGUGCGUCUCCAGUUCAUUUCCCUUUGCUUUAUGUGUCGUCUCUGCGAGCUUGCUCAACUUCGGUAUCUUUGAUUUGACCAAUAAAUUGUCCAGGUACUGCAUUUCCUGGCCAUUCUUGUUUUGUUCGGUUGCGGAGAGGAACUCCCCGCUUGGUAUUGUUUGUUGUGUUGGUUGUUGGGAUUAAAGUGAGUAUAGGCAUUUGUGUUUAGGUGUUUGGAGCAACCAAAUUCAAGAGAACUGUGCUGGUGCUUGAUGUAUCCAAGUCCACAAGACAUACAGUACAUGUGAAAGUUGCAGCCAGAGGAGAAUAUUUUACCCGGAAGUUUCGGGCUCAUUGAGCAUUAUGUGAAGCCUUAGCAAGGUGCAAUAAUUGCAUCUUGAGAACAUCAAUAUUUGGUUUGAGGAACAUUUGGUUUCUAUUUGUUAUUCUUACACUGCUAUUUUGGAAUUGGUAUGGUGUCAUCUAGAACCUUUGGUGCCUUGUAAAGCAUGUGAUCUGUAGUUGUUACCGUUGAGGGUGUGUAUAACUAAGGAAGUGUAUAUACUUCCGCAUAUUGAUAUCAAAACAAGUUUUAUUGGUAGGUGUGGAAAGGCAUAGUGGCUCAUGGUUGCUUGUGCACCUCUCUGUUGGCUCCUCUGGUGAAACAAAUGUUAAUCUAAGUUGUAACAUAGUGCUCGAGCUCUUGAUAGGUGAAUCCCAUGUAAGUUUUUUAGGUAUUGUUAGAAAAUUACUUCACUAUUUAUUGGAAUCAUUGAAUUUUGUAAGCUAAGUUAGAAAGCCAAAUUGUCAGGGAAUGGAUAGUGGUGGUGGUGAAAUGUGAUGAUUCUCCAUGCUUGUACUGAAGAGCAGGGGACUGUGGUGAUAGUUUUCAAUGAAGAUGAAAUUUCUAAAAAGUGGCUGUAGCUUAAAGUUCAUAUUUUACAUAGGAAGUAAAACAUACCAAUUGAAAAAAAGCCUUUAGAUGCUUGUUAGUUUUUUAAUUGAGCAGAGUUGAUGUUACUAAUGAAUCUCAAUAGAUUGUGGCAGUUACUAUGUAGUGAAACUGGUAGCUGAAGUAAAAAGAAAAACCUAUUUUAUAUUUUUGAGCUAGCCUUACAAAAAUUAAUACUUGUAAUAUCUUCUAUCCUUCACACCCAUGUCCUUUGCAUACACAUUUUGUCAUUUUUUGUUGGGAAUGUUGCUAGAUAGGGUUUAGCCACCCUACCCCUCAGGCAGGAAAGCAAACUUGCAAGUGGUGUAAAGAAAAUAUACAAAGAUUGGUAAGGUAAGCACAUAUGUUUUGACAGGUAAAAUCAACUGCUCUAAGGAAAAACAAAUUUGGGUCAUACUUAAUUUGAUGCAUAAAACUGGUGACCUAGAACAUUUCAAUAGGUACAGUGGCGAUCUAUGAGGGUGAAUAUGCAAUCGUCCACUGUUCUACUGGCAGCCGCUGUUAAGGUGCAUGUGCUUUGCAAACCAAGUGUGGCAAGACGCGAUGAGGUAGCAAGCCAGUAGAGCAGUCAUGAAGGUGCUGCUUUAUGACUGCAAAUAUGGAGUGGUUGCUGAUUGGGUAAUUAUUUCAUGAUUGUGACUGUACCAUGCUAAUGUGUUAAUGAUCACUGUCAGUGAAGCAUUUCUGAUACUGCCUGGGCAAUAGAACUGUUUGCUGCAGCCACUUGUUGAAAAAAUGAAAUUGCAAUGGAGAAAAUAGCGGAGCAGGAUGUUGGGUGCAGUGUACAUGAUGCUUGCCAUCUACAAGUUCAAACGCUAUAUUUUACUGUGCAGGCCUUGUACAUGCUUUAGAAUUGAGUGGAAGUGGUUAUUGUUACAUUUUUAACAUUCAUUCCCAUCUUUCAUUUAUAAUCUUCUGUGGAUACUUGGGGAGUCUGUUUUAACAUUUAAAAAGUUUGUUAAAUUUUCAUGUUGCACCAAAAAGCUCAGAAGACUUUUGUAUCCUAUGUAGAUAUCAUUGUACUAGCAGUAUUAGUUUAAACCUCACAUGCUUUUGUAAGUGUGAAGUAAUUUGAGUAAUACUACUAGAUUUCGUUGUUACCAAAAUGCUACAAUUAUUGCUGGAAGCGAAUCGUCUUGCCUUUUUUUUUUAGUAAGACUCUGGUUAACGUUCGUAUUAAAGUUGCUUUGGGCACUUUCCAGUCAA